AUGCGUAUUUUAGAACCCAUAUCAAGUGAUACAGCUACUAGGUGGAAUUCCACUUAUCUUGUUCUCCAGCGGCUUCUAGAACUUCGAGAAUCAACUUUAGAAUUGGCGAAAAGUUUGGAAAAUGAUCCUGACCGUACUAUUCGUGCCGAUGAUUUUAGUCUAAAUGAAAAGAUGCUUUCUGAUGAAGAAUGGACAGGCCUAGUAGAGUUAUGCCAACUCUUACGUCCAUUUGCAAGAGUAUUGACAUUCAUAGAAGGUGAUCAAUAUCCAAUGUUGAGUAUGAUGUAUCCAACAGUGCGACACCUUUUUAAAAAUUUAGAUUCAAUAGAGAACAAACUUACAAAUAUUGAGGUUAUUGAAAUGUACGAAGGUCUUUGUGAAUCAAUGGUAUCUCGAUGGAAUGAUCCAAAAAUGGUCAGAUGGCUUGCUUCAUUUCUAGAUCCCCGCUUCAAGACAUUGUCAGCUGCCUCAUCCACAACGCAGCAAGAGGUGCUCUGA